CAUGGUAUAGAUGAACGAGCUCACCUCGAUACAGAAACCCUUGCAGCACGUCACUUGUGCUUGACUCUACACAGUGCAUACACGGUGGCAGUUGGGAGAUCCUUUUGAAAGCGCCCCGUUCUUCUGAAGAUGUAUAUCAGUCUGGGAGAGCUCCCUGUAAACCCGCCUUGAUCGUGGUCGUGGAUCCCGUUCUUAGUCAUUGAUCAGCCCUACAAUAUGGCUCCCACCCUGUCUCUGACCCUUGCUGUUUUCUUGCUCGGCGCUGGCAAGUCGUUCACUGCGCCUGAUCAGGCUACUACUCAAGUCUGUACCGAUAUCAACAAUGCACUUCCCGGAAAGGUCCUCACGCCGGGCUUUCUUGCUCUUGAGUAUGAGCAUGAGACACAGCAGUACUGGUCCACCACUCUGCGCAGUGUCGACUCAGCAUGCACUGUGCAGCCUACCUCCGCAGAGGACGUUGCUGCCGUCGUGAAGGUUCUCAGCAAAUACCCUAGUGUCAGGUUCGCCACACGUAGUGGAGGCCACGAUCCAAACGUUGGUCAUGCAACAGUUCAGGGUGGCAUGCAAAUCGGUAUGAUUGAUCUUGCCGGCGCAAGCUACGACGCAGACAAGGGUCUGGCCUACGUAAAGCCUGGAGGUGAAUGGAACGAUGUCAUCAGCGACCUCGAACCAAGUGGCGUUGCUGUUGUUGGAGGACGUUUGGGUGAGGGCAACUCUGACUUGCCUGGCCCAAGACGCAAACCCGGUCAGACCCUCGUCAACAAACAACGGUAUAAGGAUUAGCGUGAAUAUACACUGUGCAAUAACUUUUAUAUCCUCAACGAACAACAACAGACAGUCGCACCACAUUCUUCGAUCUUGAAAACUUGCACAAAUUUCUGCGCAAGACCUUCGCAGCGGACAUCACUCCCUCAGAUCGCAGACAGAGAACACUCGAGAACAGUGGUCGUCUCGAUACCGGUGCCGAAGGGGGCCAGGGCUGCCGAGGGAUGGUGGAAUGAAGAACACGGCGUCUGGCGGGUCGAGGAAUUGCACCCCAAGAAUGCUCGGUACAGACUCA